AUGGCCGUCAAGAUCCCCGAAAUUGACCCACUGUCUAUCCCCUUUGUAGGGGCCCACAGCGGUCGCAUGAUGUUCAAUAUCCAGCCUCAAGACGUAGAAGCGGAAGAAGAAUUUAAUCUGCUCGAGUCCUUGAUCCCCAAGGAAGCUCCGCUUUUCGCCCUCGACUCUGAAGAGUACCAAAAGGCUUUACAACAGCGCCCUAGGACGGCAAGUGACCUGCGAGAGGAAGACAACGCUGUGCAAGGGAAAUGA